AUGCCGCGCGGCUUCCUCGUCAAGCGCAGCCGGAGACCCGGCGGCUCCUACCGGGCACGCCCGCGGGAGCGGGACCCUGACCGGGACCCUCCGCCCACCCCGCCGCCGCCCCCGCCGCCCGCCGGCGGGGACAGCCCCGCCGCUAGACAGGGAGCGGAGGAGGAGAAGAGCGAGAAGGAGGACGGAGCCGUCGCCGCUUGCCCCGCGACGUGGCCCCCCGGCGGCGGCUGCGGCGGCCCCGGGCUCACCCCGCCGGAGGCUCCCGCCGCCUGGGGGGCGACGGGGCCGUGCAGCGCGGCGGGGCCGCGGGCGGCUCUCUUCGAGCGGUGCCUCAGCUCCCCCGCCUCCGCCGAGUCCUUCCCCCUGGCCGCCUCCUUCCCGCCCGCCGAGAAGCUGCUGCUGCAGCCGCGCACGCCGCUGCCCGCCCCGCCGCUGCCGUCGGUGCCCGCGCUGAAGCGGCCGUCUCGGGCCAAGGCGCCGGCCAAGAAGGGCAAGGCCACGCGGAAGCUGAGCUUCGCCGAUGAGGUGACCACCUCGCCCGUGCUGGGGCUGCGCAUCAAAGAGGAGGGGCCCGAGGGCCGGCCGGGGCCGCCGGCGGGGCGCACACCGCUGGGCGAAUUCAUCUGCCAGCUGUGCAAAGAGCAGUACGCGGACCCGCUGGCGCUGGCCCAGCACCGCUGCUCCCGCAUCGUGCGCGUCGAAUACCGCUGCCCCGAGUGCCACAAGAUCUUCAGUUGUCCCGCCAACCUGGCCUCGCAUCGCCGCUGGCACAAGCCACGUCCCGGCCCCAGCGCCGAAGGCGCCGUCUCCGCCCCGCCGGGCAAGGAGAACAGCCCCGAGCGGCGGCCCCGCGGCCCCGCCGCGCCCCAGCCACCGCCGGGGACCCGUCAGCACCGCGGCGGCGCGGACAGCGCCGGCGGCGCCCCGGCCGCCCCCGGCUCCAGCCCCGGCCCAGCUCACGGCGGCGCUCCCGGUCCGGGCGGCGGCCCCGGCGGGGAGGCGUUCGCCUGCCCCUGCUGCCAAAAGCGGUUCCGGCGGCAGGCUUACCUCCGCAAGCACCUGGGCACCCACGGGGCAGCGCGGCCUGCCGCCUUCGGCCCGCCGGAGCGCGGGCCCCUCACCUUCGCCUGCCACCUCUGCGGCGCCCGCUUCCCCUCGGCGGACAUCAGGGACAAGCACCGGCUGUGGCACGCCGUGCGGGAGGAGCUGCUGCUGCCGCCGCCGCCGCCCGCCGGGGUCCCCGAGAGCGGCGCGGCGGGCGGCGAGCGGCAGGGCUUCCCCUGCAAACACUGCCCCGCCACCUUCUUCAGCGCGCCCGGGCUGGCGCGGCACGCCAGCAAGUGCCACCCGCCGGAGAGCAGGCAGGUCCUGCUGCUCCAGGUGCCCGUCCGGCCGGGCUGCUAGGCCCGCGGCCGCCUCGGUGGGACUGCUCCGAGAGCCCGGGCUAGCCGAGCGAGCCCUGGCCACGCUGUAAUUCCUAUGGAAAGUCGCGGCUCUCACGGCUACGACGUCGGAGGAGCCGCCCGCUGUCUCCCGGCCGGUGGGUAGCGACGCGCGCCCGCGCCGGCACGGCGGCGUGUUCAGCCCACGGGCCGCACUGCCGGCAGCGCUCACGCCGAGCCCCGCAGUGGAGGAAGCGCCGCGCAGCUCCGCAGCCGCCGGGGCGGCCGGGGGACGGGGGGCGGCCGCCGGCACGGCCCUGGGCCGGCGGCAACAGGCAAGAAGCCCCGCCAGCAUCUGCCGGGAGGCGGGCAGUGCCGAGGCGUCGGGUGGCGGCCCACCGCCGGUACAUCUUCCGUAGCGACGGAGAGAAGUACGGCUGUAUAUACGGUAUCUAAAGAGAGGAAUUAUUUUUCGUGAGAAAAGGAGCCUGAUCUAGUGACCUUGUUUUAAUAGCCUUAGCCCCCGAACUUCAACAUUCGUGGUGUACUCUGUACUAAGGUAGCUGAGAAGGUAAAUGUUCAUAUUAAGUCAGUGUCAAGUCACAUAAUAGCUAGCAAAACGUAUGGGAAAUUAAUCGUGCUGUCUGCUUAAUUGAAAUACGAGGUGUUGAUCUUCUAUAGCUAAGUACGCAUCUCCUGCUUACUCUGUGUCUCUGUACUCUAGCAACUGUGUGGUAGGCAAAGCACGCGUCUCUGGCAGCUGCCCGUUCCCAAAGCCGCUCCGCUCCGUUAGUGGCUCGUAACUGCGGCACGGUCAGCAGCCAGAAGGGCAGUUUGGUCUCACUGGGCUGGGUGGGCAGCGAGCGGCCCUGCCGGCCCCUGCCUCGCAGGCAGGCGGAAAGCAGCCUGUGUGCGGCUCGCCUUUUCAGGCGGCCUCCGACCCCUCUCCUCUGUGAGCUGCGCUUUUGAUGUGAACUCCUCCGAGUCUUGUGAACAGCUGAAAUUAGGACAUGAAGCAGUCUUUAGACAUGUUGCUAAAGUGCAGGUGAUAGGCCACCUUCCUUCUCCCUAACGACACCUACCUUUAGCAAAGCAACCUGCGGUGUGUAUUCCCUGGCUUUGACAGUGCUCUGGCCAAAUGCUUUGAAAUGCUGUUGAAUUUACCAGCUACUGACACUUCAGCCAGUAUUUGUUUGUUUAUUUAUUUAUUUACUUAUUUAUUUUUUCUAUGAGUGCUUGUUUCUAAGUGUGAUAGCAGAUGAGGCUAAAAAUAAGGGCAAGAAAAUUGAAUAAAAAAUGUAAAAGAAAGCUCAUGCCCUUCUUGAAUUCAGCAGGGCAAAGAGGGUCAGCUGGUGACUUCUGAAGAACCAAAUUGAUCCAGUCGUAGUCUUUGUUCUAACACUCUCUCUGACAUGAGCAUGCAAAAUAUUUCAAUCUCUCAAUUAGCAUCCUCUAAAGCAAUUAUUUGUAGUUUUAUAUUUUGCUAGAUGUAUCAUGCCCAAAGGCUGCAAGCAAGCGAUAAGUGCUUUACAUUAAAUGUGCUUCACAGAUUUUGUCAUUUUAGUUCCAGAACCUGGACAAGUGAAUUAAUAAAAUAUAACCUAAUGCAGCCAAGAUUUGCUUCCUGACAAAGGAGGCUAAACUCGCAACUCACUAAUAUGCCAAAAAUAAAGCAUGUUAAUUUAA